UCUGCUUGGACUUGGACUUGAAGUUUUAUAAUUUCAUAAAAUUCUUUUACCAGAUUGCGAUUGAGGCAUUCGUUGUUGUGGUUUCAUUCUGCGCGCAUCGAAAAAAAAAAUGGAAAUUUUAGCAACAUUCACAUUACUAGCAAUUUCAAUUGCCGUAACCUUUUCGUUACCAACUGAUUCAAGUAACCAAAAUGAUUUAAAAUCAGACCUCAAAUAUGCCAGCCGGUUAUCACAAAUGAUUGCAACUAACCUACUAAAGGAUAGCAUGGAAAUCGAUGGAAACAAUGUUUACUCUCCAGUUGGUGUUGCCACAAUACUAGGAGUUUUAGGAGAAGCUGCCGAGGGUGAAACAUACAAUGAGUUUUUCCAUGCACUUAAAGCACCUUCUUCAAAGUUGGCUUUACGACAAUCGUUUAAAAAUAUUUUGAGCAGUUUCCAAACUCCAAAUUCGCCAUCUUUCAAAGCAUGGUUUUAUAUCUAUCGCAACUAUACAGCUCGUGAAGAAUUCAAGCAGAUACUUACCAAUUAUUACUGUGUCGAUGUAAAGGAUAUAAACCGCAGCGAGUAUAACUGGGAUGAACCAAAUACUUCAAUUGACUCCUCAUCAGAGUCUUCCAGCACAAGUAAUAGCAAAGAUAUUGUCGGUUUCGAAACUCUAAAGACAUUAAAUAACAAUGAAGAAGAGGAAAAGGGUGCUGCUAUUACUGAUGUUGAGCCUGUCAAAGAAGCAUCGAAAUUUGAUAAAUUCGUCGAUGAUAAGCAAUAUGUUGAAGCACCAUUAAUUAGAGAAGAAAUAGCCCGUGAAAAAUUGCAACAAAAGAUUGAAGGGGAAGAAAUUAUAAACAUGCUUGCUGCAGAUGAGCCAACUAAAAAUAAUAUUAACGAGGACCUCAAUAACAUACAAGAAAAUGAAACAGUUCAAGAUGAAGAGAAAAUUGAAGCGAUUCGAAAAAAUCUCGCAGAGUUGAAUGAGAAUCAAUCAGGAACACAACAACUAAUCGAAGAAGAAUCCAAUGAACCGCAAAAAGUAACAAUACCACUACAAAAAUUGGAAGAUGGUGGCGCCGAAAUAAUGCAAGCUCUUGAAUCCCAUUUCACUUCAAGAAGACUCAGUGGAGCACGAAGCCUUUUCGGAAAGGAUGACAUUGCAUCAGCACUUAGUGCCAAUUCUAUAAAUGGCAGGGAUGCGGGUUCGAGGACAAAAAUGUUACUUUUCAAUGGAUUGUACUAUCGCGGUAAUUGGGCUUAUCCGUUCCAGGAGUUGCGUUCCAGUCCAAAUGGUAUGUUCCAUGUGACAUCGGACCAAACUCUUAGCAUUCCAAUUAUGCAUGCACGUGGAAAGUAUCUUGUUGCAGAUUUGGAGGCACAAAAUGCAUGUGCUGUUUCUUUUCCCUAUGAAAAUAAACGUUACUCAUUGCUGGUGGUGAUACCAAAAGACAUUGAGGGACUUCAUAACUUACUUGAGAACUUAAAUUCAGAUAUAUUUAGCCAAUUUAAAAAUCUUUCUAAAGAAAGAGAUGUAUACGUUAGUAUUCCCAAGUUCCAAAUCGAAGAAACAUCACGAUCUGAAUCCAUGCUCAAAACAAUGGGAUUGCAGAAAAUUUUCAAUCGAGGUGCGGCAGAUUUGAGCUUACUUUCUGAAGAUCCUGAUCUACAUGUUGACGAGAUUGUUCAGUUUGUAAGUGUCCGAGUGGAUGAAGGAGGAAGUGUACAAAAUGGACUUUCGGUUAGUAGCAAUGUUGGCAGGACAUUAUUAAAUGAAGAUGCAGAACAGAAAAUUGAAAUCAACCGACCAUUUUUGUACUUUGUUUUGGACAAUGAAGAAGAUUUUGUAAUUGUCUCAGGAAAAAUAUCGGUUCCACAAUUUAAAGUUGAUUUAGGUGUUGACAUAAAUGUUGAGUAUAUUCAAUCUUAAUUAUUUGGAAAUUUAUGAAAUGAUAAAGUCGAAUUGCUUUAAAAGGCAAUAUAACCUAAGACUGGAAUAAUUUUUAAACUAUCUAAGAUCUUUGUA